AGAGUCGGCACACAGUCAAGUUCACUCUCACAUCGAAUAAUAAUUAUUAUUGUUCAAGUUCGGCUUCGAUCGAUUAGGCCGUUGUAAAAUUCGGUGCGGAGAGGGAAUAAAUUCAAUGCUCGACAUUUUCCACAAAGCCGGGAUAUUUUCGAAAAGGCAAAGCAUAACGUGAAAGUAUGCUGAGUCCAAAGAUGCAAAGAACCAUAAGGGUGAACGACAAUCAGCUAAUUAUGCUUUCUGAAAGAGCUCACUAUGAUCACUCCCAAGCUGGCUAUUUACACAAGAGAUCGGCCGAUUGCAGUAAAUGGCAACUUAGAUGGUUUGUACUGUAUCAGAAUCUUCUAUUUUAUUACGAUUCGGAGCAUUGUCACCGUCCAAGUGGCAUUUUACUUUUGGAAGGCUGCUACUGCGAGAGGCUGAUUACCACUGGGAGUGCGUCGAAGACUAAAGAUGGCUCAGAUAGGCAGUAUUGCUUCGCCAUUUCAUACAGAAAAGACAACAUCAGACAAUACGAGCUCCGAGCAUUGAACGAAAUGGAUUGCAAAAAUUGGAUCGAAGCCAUACGAGAGGCCAGUUUCAACAAACUCCUACUGCAAAAGGAAGAACUGGAACAGAAACAUCUUCACCUCCUUCAGAUCAUCGAAUCGGAGAAAACAGCCAAGUGGCAAUACACGCAGCAGUGUGAGGAUCUUGCUUCUGAAAUAAAGAAGCUGAGAGCUGAGUUAUUCGCCCUGAAGAAAGAAUGGAAGCCCGCCACCAUCCACCAGUCCACCAGCAGUCUGGUAUCCACGCAGGGUACGUCGAGCUCAACAGUCUCCGGACAGUUCGCCAACCUCGAUCAGGACUCGAUCGAACUGAGGAAAAUCAAGAAAGUCCAGAGCUUCUUCAGGGGUUGGCUCUGCCGAAGGAGAUGGAAGCAGAUCGUGGAGCAGUACAUCAAGAGUCCGCACGCUGAAAGUAUGAGGAAGAGGAACAGCCUGGUGUUCAGGAUGGUCGAGGCCGAGGAGGAGUACAUGGAGCAGAUGGAGGUACUCGUGGCCUGUUUCUUGCGACCCUUCAAGAUGGCGGCCUCGUCCAAGAAGCCACCCUGUUUACACGAAGACGUCAAUUCGAUAUUUUUGAACAGUGAAACCGUUCUGUUCCUGCAUCAGAUAUUUCUGAAGGGGUUGACCUCGAGGUUGGAGAGUUGGCCUACCCUGGUUUUGGGGGAUCUCUUCUCAAUGCUAGUUCCGAUGCUCAGCAUCUAUCAGGAAUACGUUCGCAAUCACCACUACUCCCUCCAGGUUCUCACCGAGUGCAAGCAAUCCCCUCAAUUUUCCGCUCUGCUGAAGAGGCUGGAGAGCAAGCCAGCAUGUCAUGGACGUUCCUUGGAAACAUUUCUGACCUAUCCGAUGCAUCAGGUGCCUCGAUAUAUCAUUACUCUGCACGAAUUACUGGCGCACACGCCUCACGAUCACGUGGAAAGAAAGAGUCUGCAGAACGCACGACAGCAGUUGGAGGACUUGUCACGUCAGAUGCACGAUGAGGUUUCGGAAACGGAAAAUUUGAGGAAAAAUCUUGCCGUGGAAAGGAUGAUUGUGGAAGGAUGCGAUAUUCUUCUGGACGUGAAUCAGGUGUUCGUAAGACAAGGUUCUUUGAUUCAAUUACCAGGAGAGAAGGCUAAGACGUCGAGGAGCAAACUGAAUUUCAAAAGCGAAAGAGAAUAUUUGCGGCAAUGCUUCCUAUUCUCCAAUCACCUAAUUAUAGCAACGAGAACUUCAAGCGGAAAAUUGCACCUGGUACCAGACAUCGGCAAGAUACCCCUGGCUGAUGCCCUUCUGAUCGAGGAUCCUAGUGAAACCCAAGAGGAUGAAGAAGCAUCCGUAUGUUCAGUAUCCAGCCAAUCAUCUGGAAUGAGUGAAACGUCUGGAGUACCGGGUAGUCUCCACAACAGGGAUUUCAAAAUAUUCGUGGAACAAAAGACGGGAAAUACGUCUCAACAGCUCGUUGUGCAUCUCUUAGCGUCUUCUGUACAGGAAAAAGCGGCUUGGAUAUCCGAUAUAAGUCAAUGUUUGGAUAACGUUCAGUUCAAUGACAUAAUCAGACCAACUGCUUUGUCUGACAACUCUUCGAUAUCCUUACCUCAGUGUUUGAAGAACGAUCCGAAAUUGUUCAAAGACGAGGCCGAUAUACGUUUCAGUCGAACACUGAACUCCUGUAAAGUUCCCCAAAUAAGAUAUGCGACGCCCGAACGUCUACUUCAGCGCCUAACUGAUCUCCGAUUCCUAUCGAUCGACUUCUUGAAUACUUUUCUAUUGACUUACCGCGUUUUCACUGAUGGAGUUACCGUUUUGGAGGCUUUGAAAAGGGUGUUCUAUAGUAACGAGCCCGAACCGCAAGGUUCCGUCAUAUCUUUGGAAGGUCUGAAAGACGAACAUACGAUACACUCGUACGACGAUCGUAGGAGGAGUAGUUUCUCCCCGAGAAGAACCAGCGGCGCUAGCUCUGUAUCUGGUUACGGAUCAGAGAUGAGCGAAAGGGAUAGAUCCCAUAGCUACGACUCCCAAGGGCAUAGACACUGGAAGUCCACCUUGGCCAAGUACGAAGAGGAAAAAGCGCAGGAGGUCGCAGCGCAUUCCAAAAUGGCCAGACAGUCGAGUCCGACCAAAUCCGCACAGAAAACGAGCGACACGCUGUCACCACCUUCGCAAAAAAUGGUAUCCAUAAGGGUGGAGAAGAGCAAGGAUAGCGACAGUCGCCAUCUAACCAUCCCGACCAGUAAAGUAGCCGCUUCAAGCAGUAGCGAUACUUUAACCGAGGCCACUGUUCUCAGCGCACCCUGCUCGCCCAGCAACCUGAGCUCGGUCACUUUGGUGGCCUCUUCCCCAUCCGAUUCGAACAACGCUCAGGAGACUGGAGGGAGUAUAUCGCCACGUUCGCCAACGCACACGAAGGACACCCCUAGCGUGAAAGAGCCACCGCAUAAGGAGCCUCCCCCAGUUGUUAGGGAAGUAACGCCGAAGAGCGACGUCCAGAGGAAAACGUCGGCGACGAAACACGAAGGUCCCGUGGAUAAGAGGUUGGAACGUUGUAUAUCUGAAGACUCCGAAGAGACUCAAGAAGAUCUGACGCUGUUCUAUAAUACGGUCCAUCGUGCUUCGACCAGCUCUUCAAGAUCGGCAAGUAUUUCCACUGCUGCCUGUGCAGCUUUGCAUAGCUACUAUGGAAUAAGGAGGUCAAUGCAGGAGGGAGAUUCCACGUCAACCGCCAGGUCUAGUUUCCAACAUGAUUCACCUCAAAAGCCUAGUAAGGCUGGGGUAGUGAUCACAUCAUUCAGACAGUCGAAACGGAGGAGCAGCACUUCAAGCGCUGCGGCUGCUUUUGCUAUAGCAGUUUCCGGUUCUAGUAAUCCCCGAGAUAUCUCCCCUAGCCAAGCUAAGGAACAGGUCCAAGACGAAUUCGCUGAGAGAGCACGCUACAAGGAGAAUAUUAUAUCGACAGCUUGUACCAUGAGAGUGCUGAACGUUUUGAGGCAUUGGAUAUCGAAGCAUCCCCAAGACUUUGAGAAUGAUCAGCGCUUGAAGAACAUGACCAUUGAGUUCUUGGACGACAUCAUCUAUAGCCCAAACUUGUUACCGGCUGAACAUAAAUCGGCAGCUCAGCUUCUGAGGUUAUUGACCAAGGAAGAUGCCGAAGGCUCUAAAAUCGACAUUGGCACUUUAUUGUCAGCCCCCUCUACGCCAAGUAAGGAGAGCAUCGAGACCCUAUCUGCACUUGAAAUAGCAGAGCAACUGACCUACAUCGACCACCAGAUCUUCAUCGCAAUCUCGAGCGAAGAGUUCCUCGGUCAAGCAUGGAUGAAGAAUGACAAGAACAGCAGGGCUCCUCAUAUCCUCAUGAUGACAAGAAGGUUCAAUGACGUAUCGAGACUAGUCGCAUCGGAAAUUGUCAGAAGAACUACGAUCAGCACGAGAGUUGCUGCAAUUGAGAAAUGGGCCGCUGUGGCUGACAUCUGUAGAUGUCUGCAUAACUUCAAUGGGGUUCUGCAAAUUUGUUCGGCGUUCACCAACAGUUCGGUUUUCAGGCUUAAAAAGACUUGGGAUAAAGUGUCUAAGACGACUAAGCAGACGAUCGAAAAGCUCCAGAAUAUCGUAUCUUCUGACGGUAGGUUCAGGUCCCUGAGGGACGCCCUCCACAGGUGCGACCCCCCAUGCAUCCCUUACCUCGGUAUGUAUCUCACAGACCUUUCGUUCAUCGAAGAGGGGACGCCAAAUUUCACGGCUGAAAAUCUGCUUAAUUUCUCCAAAAUGAGGAUGAUCGCUCACGUCAUAAGGGAAAUAAGACAUUUUCAGCUGACGUCCUACAAGAUUGAGUUGAUACGUAAAGUAACGAGCUAUCUGUUGGAUUCUUCAUUAUUGAUGGACGAUGAGGAAUUGUACAGUACGUCGCUGGAAAUUGAACCAAGGACUUCGAGGCUAACAUCGUCGGCUCUGCACCAUCAGCUUUCUCUGUCAAAAUGCUGAAUUAUAAAAAUUCUAUACCUAGUUGGAGUGAAUCUAAUGGCUGUCUUGUCGUCACUAAAAUCAUUAUAUAUGUUUCAACAGAUUCUAAGUGUUAGACGUACACUUGAAAUAUUAGACUUUUUGGAGAUUAUCUAUUAGAUUUGCUCUGAAAUUUUUAGAUCGAUCUCUAUCUAAUAGUGAAAUGUUACAAUUAGCAAAAACCCCAGAUUAUUUUUAUAAGGUUAUUCAGAGAAGUAACAAGAACUUGAAAAUUUUGCUCAGACUUGAUUAGUAAACUUGUCUUUGAGAUUCUCAAAUUCAAGGAGUUAUAGUCAAUUUUGAAAAUGAUUCAUUUUAAGGUAAGAAGUCCAGGUUUGUUUAUUCCGAAACAUAAUUUCUUAUGAGGUAAUUAACUCUCACCAUAAUCUUCAUUUGAAGAUUGAACUUCUCCAUCUUAAAAUAUUUCCAGAUAUCUUAUACACAUUGAGUCUUUCAUAGAUAGAAAUAUUGUAAUCAACGGAAUGACAAUCGACUAUUUUCGAAAAUUUUGUGAAUAUACCGCUCGAAGGCUUGAAUGAAAUUAAAAAUUCAGAUGCACAAUAUUCGUCGAUUCUAUAGUCAACAAAUUUUUGCGCCUAGCGGACUUUCAGAAAAAAUAUUAUAGUUGUCAGUAUGAACUGACAAUAACUUUGUAAAAUUGUCAGUUUGAACUGGCAAUUAUACAAAGUAUUUGUCAGUUCAAACUGACAACUAUAAUAUGCUCUAUUGAAUUCCCCAAAAACGUCUGGAAUUCACAAAAUAAUAAAUCUUCGAAUGUCGGAUUUCAUACUGAUGAUAAUUGCAAUGUUUCUCAUCUUAUCGAAUGGUUUUAAAGAUCGAAAUCUACUGUUCCCUUAUUGUUGCACAACAGAUUCAUAUAUUAUUAUAAUAAUCGAAUUUGAAUGAACUUAUUAUGCACGAACAAUCUUUCAACCUACAGGGUGUCCAAACGAAGACUUCAUUGAUAUUUCAGGUCUAAUAAAUGUGAAAUUUUAUUAUAAUCAAUCUUUUUAGAGCAGUUAGAAUGACGAAAUAUUGAGUUUUAGAGGAUAUUUAAAUAUAAGGUCCUAACUGCUACUUGCAAAUAUACCGGAUAGUAUUUUGAAAAAAAAAUUACGGUUUUCGAUACAUGCACAGGAAUACAUCAUAUUUUUAAUGUGAUAUAGUGUUAAUGUUCCAGCAAAUUCAGAAAUGGAAUUUCAUCGUACCUGAUUAUUGGAGUGAAUAAAAACAUGCAUUGUACAAAGGUUAUGGAAUAUUCUACCAAUAUAUUUUUAAUUCACUCAGAUUGCCUGAAAUUGAAUAAUUUUUUCAUCCUAUGAACUUGCAAAGUCUUAAUGAGAUCGCUAAGAAAAAGCCAAAUUAAUCUAAGAGAUAUAUUUUUAUUCAUACAUAUGAUGUAUUUCUCCGAAUUGAAGAAGUGUUAUGAAGUACAACUGAUAGAUGCAAUUAGUUAUUUCUCUGUUGGUCAAUAAAGAACUGUGAGUUUAUAUAAGCAUAUAAUUGUUGAGAUUAGCGAACAUUUACCGAUUGUUUGCAUGUUGUUAAUGGUUGAAAUUUAUGGCUGAACUAUUCAGAUGGCCUUUGAAAUGAUCCACUGAGAUUUUGGCUAUGUGGAAUUUCCUUCUCUCAAACUUCUCUUCAAAGCUCUAUCACGUUAUCCUCAGACAGUACGCAAAAAAAAACGGUUCAAAAGAAAAGUGGUCGUUCUCUUUGCUUUUGUGGGUGCUUUCAUGUAUUUCGAAUAGGAAUUGGUAUGUUCAUGAUGUUAUGGGAAAUAUCGAGUGAUUUCACUCGUGUGAGAAUUGAAAUUUGGCCAAAAUACAUAUCUAUGAUGUCACUUUAACACAAUUGAAAUGAAUUGCACAAAACUUAAGGUGAGUUUAUGCAGAGAGAAAGAGACCCAUCUAAUUGGCAGAUGGCGUACACGAGUUCGCCAUCUGCCCAUGAGAUUGGUUCCUUUCUUAGGUAUUAGUUCUUAGUAAUUCUGCAUAGACUCACCAUUAUUUAUCCAUGGAGCUCCUUCUUAGUGCUUAUUGGUGAAAGUUGAGUUAAAAAAAUGGAAAAGUGGUGUUUUUUUGAUUUGGAAUAUGGGCCAACAUUCAAUUCGUUAAGAUGUAUACGUGUGAGUCUUGUAAUGGUUGUUACGGUUGAAAGCCGAAAAGAAUUUUCACUUAUAUCAAACGUCACAUAUCAUUUUACUGAAAUUUUAUUUUGUGUAUUAUAUAUUCUUGCCAUAUCAUUAUAUGUUUAAUGAUAAUUUGUAUGUCAAUAUUUCCAUGGACUGAAUUAUAUAACGGAGUUAGGUAUUCAACUUGCGCUGAUAUUAACUUACUAUUUAUUCUCAAAUAUAUUUAUCCGGAUGUUCAAAUAGACAUGGAAUUGAUAUGUUGACAACAUCUGAGAUUGUUGAUAAAGGAAAACAAUAGAUAUAUUUAUCAGUGUGCCGCUCUGCUGCUCAUGUGUAUAUAAAAGAAGAUAACCAAUAUAUUUCUUCACAUAUCCUUGUUCAAUUCCGAUGUUAUUCAAGAUUAAAGUUUUGAUAAAAUGCAAA